CGCGAACCUUCUCAAUUCUGCUACAACUUGUGCUAGAGGGAAGCAAGGGAAUUGCUCUCUGAAAUACGUGUAUGCUUGAUUUUCUUGCCUAGAUUUGGACAAGAUUGGUCUACAGGAUGGCAGAGUAUUGGUUGAUUUCUGCUCCGGGUGAUAAAACCCCACAGCAGACUUACACAAACCUGAAAAGCAGAAUGACCGGACUUACGCCAGUGUUUUCUCUUCAGCUUCCAGAGCUCAAGGUAUGAUCGUGAUGAUCUGAUCUCGCUGAUUGCAUUGAAAAAUUCGUCGAAAAGAAGCCACAAUUGCAGCGAGUAUGCUUAUAUAUUGUAAAUCUUCAGUUUUUCUGACUGGUAAUGAAGGCUUUCUAGUCUUUAGUCGCAUAUUUAUUAAGGAUUCUUUUAUUAGCGAUCGCGAUUCUUUUUCUACAUGUAAAGUUUUGCUAUGUAAGUUCCUCCCUUCAAAUAAAUUUUAAUUGAUCAGGCGUCUUCUCUGUCUAAUAGCAAUGUCUGUUUUAUAAUAAACUUGGUUUUUUGUAGUCAUGUAUUCAUCUUGAAACUCAAUAACUCGUACUUGUUUUAUCUUCUAUUACUGGAUGACAACUUACUGAACUGUAGGACUUUCUUGGUUCGAUCCUCUAGACAACAGCAGUCGCAAACUGAAAAAAAGGGUGACAGAAUAAUAUGCAUAAAGUAAUUUAGGAGUGAAACAGAAAUCUUACUUCAAUUGGUUCAGAGGUUUAAUUAUAAUGCCUCGACACAAAAAAACCAAUAUUUUCAUAAUUAUUACAUCACACUUAAAUUUGGAAACUCUUGUAAUGGUAAUACCUGUGGAGUUGUCCAGGUUCUCACCCUCUACUCUGUCACUAAAUUGGUUGGUUUCUAUGGAGAAACAAGUUAUAACAGUAGUCCUUAAGGUAAUCAAUAGUUUUGUCAUGGUUUUCUUUAUCCUUAACUGUUUGCUUCUACUCCACUGUACCAUGUGCAUAGCAAAGUGGUUUGCAUUUUACCUUUGGAAUUUUAACAAAAUCUGGUCAAAAUUUUCAAAAUGUCAUUUUCUUGCUCUUUAAUUAGAGUGAACAUCAAAGUUUAAUUUGUUGCAAGAAAAAUAGAUUUUCUCAGGAAUCAGUAGGAACAGAGAAAAGGCCUGAGUGCUAGAGUCUAGUUUGUUUGGAUGUCUGUGGUAACGCAGAGGCUGGCAAUUCAGUGAAGCAAACACAGUCAGUUUUGUCCUUAAAGGCUUGUGCAUACUUUCCAAGACAAAAACUGUCAAAACUUUUGUUAUUUUCCCAAUGUAUACUUUAUAAGCUUUACAUUGAUGUAUAGUUUUCCAUGGUUUCUUUUAAUUAGCUCAUAUACACGUAGGAUUUUUGACAGUAACCCUAAGUCUAUAAUUUAUAAUCUGUUCAUACCUUGCUUAUUGAUAUCAUUAUAAUUUUUAGCACUCAUUGAGCAUAAUUUGCUUAAUGUAUCAGUCAGAGCUACCAGUGAAAAUUGUAAGCUGGCCAGAAUUACUGGCUAGUCUGCCUUUCUUUAGCUGGCAACAUUAGCUUAAUUUUAUCAAUUUGCUGACAAACAUUAUCAAGGAAAUUUAAUUUAAAAGUUAAACAGCCAUUUCCCAGUUUUAAGUGGAGUUAGAUCCAUAACAUACCAAUGUCGUACCCAGCUCGCAUCAAGACAUUAUCAAAGUUAUUAUAACUAUUUUGUUAUGGUGAAUUUUUUUGUUUGAGGAGGGACAUCAAUUCCUAUCCCUCUUUUGCCAGGUUGGGACUUUGGAUACACUUGUGGGGUUAUCAGAUGAUUUAGGAAAACUGGAUGGUUUUGUUGAAAGGUAAGAGUUUGAUUUUAUGAUUUCUCUACAGACACGUCAGCCCUCUACGUCAGCUCAACUAUUUCAAAGUCACUAUUUGGCAUCUGAAAUCAGGCAAUGGCCACAAGAAACAAUUUGGUAGCCAAAAAGAUUAACAUUUCAGGAAACUAAGGAGAAAGAGGCAAAGUGUUUGAUUCUGUAGAAGAAAGUGACAAAACAUGAGAUACAAAUCUAUUCAGAAAAUGUGAUUUGAUAUCAUGCCGUCCAGUGUCCAGUGUCACUGAAUUAUUUUGUUAUUUGCAGUGUGACACGCAAGUUAGCACACUAUAUGGGUGAUGUACUUGAAGAACAUCAGGUACAUAUAAGAUGUAUACUUUAACUUUUAUCUUCACCACUUUCCCAAACAACAAGCUUUAUUCAUGAUGACAAAUAGCCACAUUAUGACUUCUGAAAGUUAGUACAUGUAAUUAGUUAAUACACCAUUGUUCUUCCCAUAUAGAUAGAGUAAACCCUUACAAUUUUGGCUGCCAGUAAUAUUUUUUUUUUCUUCUUUGCUUUGUUUUUUAUGAAAAAUUAUUUCAAUGCUUAACUAGCUACUGUUAUUAAAAUCACAUGGUGCUAGUCAGGUGAUACCACUUUCCAUUGAAAAAUUCCAGGGUCUUUAAUACUAAAAUUACUAUAACUUCAAAGGACAAGAAGUUCAAAAAUAUUAUUAACAAAAUGUUCUGGUCAGUUUAACAAAUGAACUCAACAAUAUUAUGGAAUGGUAUCUUGCUAUUAACCCUUUAACUCCCAGAAGUGAUUAACAUGUAAAUUCUCCCAUAUAUUAUUGAUACAUUUCACAGCAAACAGGUCAUGAGAACACUCAAACUCAUCAGAUAGAAUUUAUUACUUUGAUUGAACACCUAAUUCUUGUAAUCAAGCCACAAGGAAAUGUGUAAUAGCUAGAGGGGAGAAUUGACAAUCAGAUCUUGGGAGUUAAAGGGUUAAUUACCUCUCUUGUAUUGUUAAGAUAAAAAAAAAUAACAUCAAAUGGAAAUGAUUUGAUGUUUUCUAAAGCAUGAUUUUUUUCUUUUCUCAGGACCGAGUAAGGGAAAACCUGCUUGCAAAUGGGCGUGAGUAUGAAAGUUAUACUUGUAUAGAUAGUUGCUGUGUGGAUAUAGAUUUAGUUGUUGUGUCCUUUUUGAUUUGGUUCUGUGACUGGUUUGUCUGUUUCUUUUAUACUUCAAUUAACAGAUGUUGAAUGAUUUAAAUUCAUUAUCUUGAUUGAAAGGUCAAAGUAACAAACAAAUCCUCACUUGAUAUUUUUAUCAUCCCUGGUCAAAAUAUGACGCACAUGUAUUUCAUAUAAUUUUGUGAUGGUGUGGUUGCAUGAGAUACAGGCAAAAUAUCUGUGCGUAGGAUACUCAACUGUACAUCAAACCAUCAAAUAGAGUGUAUGAAUUAUACAACCUCAUAACCUUGACAUGGUCUGGUUCAAGCUUGUCUCUUUCCAUUUCUUCUUUAUCAUCAACAAGUUUUUUCAAGUAUAGUUUAAUUGCAUUUUACUUGUUCACAAUCUUGUGUGAAAGCACCUUAACAAUGAAAUCAAGAUUAUUGUUAAUAUUGAUUUUUCAUUAUCACAUUUUAGACUGCACUGCUAUAUUUUAGACUGACUCAAUAAGUUGUUUUCAUUUUGGCAGAGGACCUGUCUAACUUUGUUACAAAGUUCCAGUGGGAUACUGCAAAAUACCCCACCAAACAAUCACUGAGGAACUUAACAGAGAUUAUAAGCAAGGUUUGUCAACCCUUAACACCCUAACAUCAGUAAGCAUAUUCUCCAUACUGUUCUGUAUACAUUUCUUAAGGUGAUGAUAAGGAGAAUUUGUGUUUUCUCCUUCUCUCAUUUCCUUUAUUCUUGUGACUUUAUGUUUGAUUCAGCGAUGAAAUUGUACAAAGUAAGAGAAAUAAGAGCUAGUGUCUCUUUGAGAUCAGAGGGUUCAACAGUUUUUGGGUCAAAUACCAAUUGUUUUAGAGUCAUCAGUGGUAAAAGACCAAGGAAAAAACCUUUAAUAUAAGUAAAAAUUGUAUUUUCACCAGCCUUUCUCUCCACUUUGCGAGCUUCCCUGCUCCUAAGCUUGUCAACUGAAAGAUACAAAGACAGUUAGCUUCUUGGUGAGCUCAUCUUGAUUUUGCUGACAAAUAAUUAUUUUGCUUUUGAAUUAAUUGUUUAUAAUGUUAUUUAACAAACUACAGCAAAUAACACAGAUUGAACAUGACCUGAAGAGCAAAGCAUCUGCUUACAAUGCCAUCCGUGGAACCUUGGCUUCACUGGAAAGAAAAGCUACGUAAGUGUGGAAGAGUUAAGAAUUAAGCUUAUCCUCCUGUUACAAUUGUAGGUAUUACAUGUUCUGUUCAUCAGGACAGGUACAGUUUGGGGGUUCAGGGAAAUUUGAACCAUAACUGUCAAGUAGGUCCAGCAGAAUAAACAUGGAGGUGUUUAGGGAUGAAAAGUUCACUUUGAAAGCAAAUGGCUCAGAAGAAAAGGUCUAUUGGAAAGUCAUGGUUAUCGUAGCUGAUGUUGUCUUUUACAAAAAAUUGACAAUCAAAUCUGGCACUUGGGUAGUGCAGUUUUGGCCUCGGUGUGCAGGAAUAUGGACAAACCAAUCUCCAAAAGUUCAAAUGCUUGGGGUGGGAUUGUGGAAGCUUUGAAUAAAUCAACCCAUAACUGAUAGUUUUCUUCAUGACAUGAUCUUAAUGGCUUCUGUUUGGAAUGGGGCCAGCAUGGAGUGAUGAAGAUCUUAGGCAUAGUAUGCUUAUAAGAGUGAAUUUGCUCUUCAUGUAAAUUUCUAAUCAUAAAGUUGCCUUAGUUUGUGGACUAUUGUAUGCAUACAAAUACAUGUAUCUUCCAGCAAAACAUUUCCUUGUCUCCCCCCCCCCACCCCAAACACACACACGCCCUCUUCUUUAGGUGGAGCUGUUCAAAAUUAUACAGCAUAGUGAAUAUUAUUCUUGAAUGGAAUUUAAAUCCCCUUAUUAGUAUGAUAAAAGCACAGUAAGAAACAUUAGCCUUGGGAGGUAAAUAAUCAUAAAUGUUUUUGCUGAAUUAACAAAAGAUAUUUUUAUCUCUUGAUAGGGGAAGCUUGUUAACAAGAAAUUUAGGUGACUUGGUGAAGAAGGAAGAUUUUGUUUUGGACUCAGAAUAUCUUACCACACAGUUAGUGGUUGUUCCCAAGUAUGUUAUAUUGUCUUGGUUUUUAAGAAAUAAUUAUUUUACAUUGUAUGUGAAUGGAAGUACAUGCACAUCACAUAAAUUUACAGUCACAGUCUUGAAUUACUGUAGGCUAAAUAAUUAUUAUGGUUUGAUUUUUAUCCAAGGGCCCUUACCUCUGAAUGGGAGAGAGUUUAUUGGAAAAUUACAGAUAUGGUUGUUCCAGAAUCCUCAAAGUGAGUCUGAUAACUGUCACCAAUUAUAAAGUAUGGUGUUCAGAUGAACUACUGUCUGUUUCUGCAAAGAUGUACAUAUAUGGUAUCAAACUCAACAAUCUCAAAUUCAGCUGUGAUUAAGGAUGUCUUGAUUCAAGAAGGUUCACUCCUAGUCACUUUGUGAUGAGAAAUUUUGCAUAUGUUUGGGAAUGAUAAGCAAUUAUUGGUUGAGGUUGAGCAUGCUGUCAUGAAUUAUCAAUACCUAGGUCUGAGUUAUCUGCCAAAGCCAAAGUCCAAUGCAGGUAACAUAGACACAGUGUUCGAUAAUCCAUGUUAUUAUGCAAAAAAAAAUUCAAUAACCUUUUUUAGUUUAAAAGCAUUCAGCCAUUUUGAGUUUCUCUCCGAGUUUGCAAAAGUUUGAGAACACUACACGGACAAGGGGCUGGGAAACUAGGCACACUUUCAACAUUUCUAAUAGUACCAAAAAUACUCAGGUUUUUUUUAAUUGACCUUGGUUUAGUUUUGUUUUUUUCUUCAUUGGUUUUUAGGCAGGUUUAUGAAGACAAUGAUCAUGGGCUGUACACUGUCACUCUGUUCAAGAAAGUUGUAGAUGAAUUUAAACUUCAUGCAAGAGACAAAAAGUACAAUUCAUUGGUUGAUGAUUAAAUUGUUCUAUUUCAAAAUUAUCGUACUUAAAAAUAAAUUAUACAGUGAAAGUAAAGGUUUAUUGUUGCAAGGUUCUAUUGAACAUUCAGUUAAGGUGAUUGGCAUUUUACUUCUCUUUUCAGUAUCACUGCUGAAUUAAACACCAAAGUCAUGAGAAUAUAGGAAGAGAUCACCAACUAAAGGAGCUCUUAAUUGUUAAAAAAAUUAUCCUUGUCAGUGCCACAGUAAAUGUAUAGAGAACAGUAUGGGAAAUAUUUACUCUGAUGCUAGGGUGUGAAGGGUUAAAGCCUUGAUGAGGACAUUGGGUUGAACUCCUCAAAAGAGAAUGUCUAUAGUACUGACUGUAAGAUUUGAUAAUGAAAAUAAUGACAGUAAGGAAAAUAAUAAGUUUUGAGAGCAUUAUGCUUUUCAUUGAUGAAUAAAUGAUUGAAAAUUAAAAGAAGAGGUAGAAGAGUUAUAUUGUGAUUACCGCUGAGAAACAAUUCCAUUUUCGUUGAGUUAAGGGGGUCUCAAACUUAACAUUUCAAGUUACGUUUAACUUCUUUGUUUGUUUGUUAAUUUAUUUUGACAUAAAUUUUUGUUCCUUUAGAUUUUUAGUUCGAGAAUUUGUGUAUGAUGAACAAGCUCUUGAAGCAGGAAAAAACGAAAUCACAAAACUGGAAUCAGACAAGAAGAAGCAGUUUGUAAGUUACGUGGCGUAAAGACACCACUAAUUGCUUACUCAUUAACCAAUCAGAAUCCGAAAAGAAGACGUGCGGCGGGCGGCACCAAGCGUGGGAAAACAAGCGCAUGUAGAAACAAUUGGGUCUGUCCUCGCACGUGAUUAGUUUAAGGAGUUCUUUUUUUACUCUGAUUCGUUAGGGAGAGAUUGUGAGUGAAUCAGGCGACCAACGAUUGUUCUUGAACAGACAGUACUUUUUUGCGUAGUGGUAAAUGUAUCAUUUAUUAUAUUGUACUGAGUGUGUGAUUAUUUUAUUCGCAUUCCCAGGGUCCGCUUGUGAGGUGGCUCAGAGUUAACUUCAGUGACUCUUUCAUUGCGUGGAUUCACGUUAAGGUAUGGGCUUUGCUACGAAUUUUCAUUACGGUGAAGUAACUCGUAAAGUUAGACAGCAAUGGUUAGAGCCCAGAUCAAUUGAUUGUCGCAAAACGAAAACUAAUACAAUCAUACAUGCUUGUCUUUAUCGCAGGCCCUUCGUGUGUUUGUGGAGUCAGUUUUAAGGUGAGCUAAAAAUGAUAUAUAGUACAGUCUGCCUUGCAGGUUGUACCUAUCGCCAUGAAAUUCUUGAUUCGUCACUGAGACCCAACCGGGAUACAGAACUCUUCAAGAGCCGAACCAAGUACUGAAUCACUUAACAAAGGAUAAUUCAAUUUGAGACUUCUUGGCUGAUUUUCCCGCCUAGCUUGGCUGUGAAUGCCUAUCACUUACAAUAUUUCAGUAUUAAUUCUCUCCACUUACUGCCAUAAAUCUCUUACAAUAUUGGUUGUGAGAAUCUGGUGUUUAAUCAGACAACAUCCUUUUGUUAUAAUUUCAUUCAAUACCUGUCGCAUGUCUGCCUGAUAGACCUUAACCAUUGUGAGGAGAAAUUACUCUUUGGUCAGUUCAGAUGCCAGUUGAGAGAGUGCACCAGAGGCCCCUGUAACACAAGUUAGAGAACCGAUGUUGGUAAAUUGUCAACUGCAGUUUGAACAGUAACCCUAAUUUAAUCCAUUUUCUUCCACUGGUUUUCAGAUAUGGUUUGCCCGUGAACUUCCAGGCUAUGUUACUACAGGUAAAGUUUGUUCGAAUCAAGCGUAUUAUUCCGAAAUGCGCAAGCUUUUUGUUUUUAGCGAAAGAGGGGUCUUCCACGGCGAUUUGCAAUGUUUUGAUGUUUUGUAGACCAACAUUUCUUCCUUCUUCUGUAAUGCCAACCGUGGCCCAUAACACUUUCAACACUGACCUAUUCACCAAGCUACAAUAAGACUCGCUUAUUACCUACGAUCAGACUCAGAUUUGUGUUUUCUUGGAGCCCGCUCGUGAAACUUUUCCCUUCAUUCAAUAGUCUUGAUUCCAGUUUGCCUUUUAUUUCUUUUGUUGUUGUUGUUGUUCUAACAGCCAUCAAAGAAGACAUACAAGAAGAUAAAGGAUAUGUUGGACACAUGUUAUCAACAUCUUGAUAACCAAGGAUUCAGUUCCAGCAUGUAUGACGCCAAUGUAUGUACGAUCACGUGUUUGUCUUAUCAUACCUUAUCGUUGCACUCUCAAUUGGACCCAAUCUUAACCUCACCCAGGUUGAGGCAACUUGUUGUGCAAUUGCUUCUCCUCUCGGAUAGGAUCCCAGUCCAUUGCAGGUUAUCCCACAGUAGUCCGUUAUGUUUUCCUGAGAGCUUACUGAUGCCAUUUGCACUCCUGGGUAGAUGGUGGCUCUAUAAGAGUAAAAUGUCCAGCGCAACAAUCUUUUCAGUACUCCCACUCGAACCUUUUGCUUCAGAGGUCAGCGCGGUAGCACUUAGACACCAUGUCUUAUACCCACUCAUAACCUGGGAACAGGCUCUCGUCAGCGCUGCGACACGAGCGUUUCUUAGCCUGAAAGAAAGUCUUAUUCCUUGAAGAAAGCGAGCCGGCGAGAGCAUUGCUUGGUGUCAGACCUCAGCAAACCUCUCCCCGGCUCGUCUCAAAUCUUCCCGCGGGUGAAGAAAUGCGCUAAUAAAGAGAGCCAGUUGGCAAGCUAACCCCACUCAUAAACGAAUGAAGAGGGUAGUUUCUAAAAAAACUGCGCUGCUGCGUUGGCAGGAGAGUAUAACAAGGUACUUUAGUAUGAUUAACUGAGUUGAUAACGUAAAUUAGCCACC